GAAGUAAAUGUGAGAAUUUGUUGUAUUUCUCUAAUAUUUACAAGUAGUCACUCAGGCCAGAUUAUAUUUAGCAGUUGCACAACAAAACCAACUGGAUUUACACUACUCUGUAGGCUCGAAACACGGGAAGUCGACUUAAGUCGAGUUUUAAAUAACAACAGAUAAACAGGGAAGUUAGUUAUUUGAUGUGAUGCACUUCAGCUGAAAUUCAUAAAGUGAAGUAUUUCCUAUUUAAAAUCACUCAACUCAGGAUCUCAUUGCUGCUCUCUUUCUGAUGUGGGCUUGUCUGGCAAUGGGUUACAUGGCAGUCCUGUUUAUGAAUACUGCAACAUGCAACACAUUACUCCACGUCCUCUUUCUUUCAGGUGCUUUGGCUGUUUGUCCUAAAGUGUCAAACCUCUUCAUUACUGCACCACAGAAGAUGGAAGCACUGAGUGGAUCUUGUUUGCAAAUCCCAUGUAACUUUAGAGCUGAACCAGAAAAAAAAUUUGAUGGCAUCAGAAACUUUGCAGCGUGGAUUAAACAGAGUGACAAUUUAUAUCCAAGCGAUGUGAAUUUCGAAAACACUUAUCCAAUGAAUAUUACUGGAAACCUGAGUCACAACAGAUUGACGACUCUGGUUUCCAGUUUAAACCCAAACUAUGCAGACACAUUCUACUUCAGAAUUCAGAACAGUGCAUUCAGGGCAACAGCUGUUUGUAAUCCUCUUCAAAUAAAUGUUACAGAUUCUCCUCCGAGCCCCAGAAUUGAGAUCUCAGGUGAUCUGAAGGAGAAGGAGUCUGUCACUAUAACCUGCUCAGCUUUCACUCCCUGUCCACACUCCCCUCCUAAACUCACCUGGAGCCUCCAACAAGACUCUCACAGCUACACAGAGGAAAACACAGAUGGAACCUUUACAACUAAAAUCCAGGCCACCAUCACUCUGUCAGACCAACAUGAUGGAGACAACAUCACCUGUUCUGCCCGAUAUCCUGUGAAUGAAGGAGAAGAUGUCAAGACAGCAGAGGAGAGAAAGACUCUUAGUGUUUCAUGUAAGACAAGCAGAGUUUGUUGUUGGAUCCUGUCAGCACAUGAUGAUUCAUGUGACGUCAGCUGA